GCUGGCCGGGGGCCCAGCACAUAACUCUGGGCCGGCGCAGUCUGGGGCGCAGUCUGGGGCAGCAGACACCCAGCCGCUCGGAGCCCAGCUGGCAGCAUGAAGGCCCUUCUGGCUCUGCCGCUGCUGCUGCUUCUCUGCACUGGCCCCUGCGUCUCCCAGGUCUUGGGGAUCCGGGGAGAUGCUCUGGAGAGGUCGUGCCUACAGCAGCCCCUGGACUGCGACGACAUCUACGCCCAGGGCUACCAGGAGGACGGCGUGUACCUCAUCUACCCCUCGGGCCCCAGCGUGCCUGUGCCCGUCUUCUGUGACAUGACCACCGAGGGUGGCAAGUGGACGGUUUUCCAGAAGAGAUUCAACGGCUCAGUGAGCUUCUUCCGGGGCUGGAACGACUACAAGCUGGGCUUUGGCCGCGCCGAUGGGGAGUACUGGCUGGGGCUGCAGAACCUGCACCUCCUGACACUGAAGCAGAAGUAUGAGCUGCGGGUGGACCUGGAGGACUUCGAGAACAACACGGCCUUCGCCAAGUACGCCGACUUCUCCAUCUCGCCCCACGCGGUCAGCGCCGAGGAGGACGGCUACAGCCUCCACGUGGCGGGCUUCGAGGACGGCGGGGCAGGCGACUCCCUGUCCUACCACAGCGGUCAGAAGUUCUCCACCUUCGACCGGGACCAGGACCUCUUCGUGCAGAACUGCGCGGCCCUCUCGUCGGGCGCCUUCUGGUUCCGCAGCUGCCACUUCGCCAACCUCAACGGCUUCUACCUCGGCGGCUCCCACCUCUCCUACGCCAACGGCAUCAACUGGGCCCAGUGGAAGGGCUUCUACUACUCCCUCAAGCGCACCGAGAUGAAGAUCCGCCGGGCCUGAGGCGCCGGCCCGCCUCGAGACCCCGCCCCCCGCCCUGCCGCCCCGCCUCGCGGCCCCGCCCCCGCCCCGCCCCCCUCAGCGCCCGCCUCUCCCGGGGGCCCUGUGGCUCCAGCCCAACCGCUCCCCUCACACCCUCGACGCCCACCUCUCAGCCGGGCCUGCGCUCCCCUCCACCGGCUACACGUCGGCGGCCUCCCAGACCUCCGGAAGGCACCGCCACCCGGCCUGGACUCGGACCCCGUCCGGAAGGCUGCGGGCCGGUGUCCCACCUUAGCCGGCUUCCCGACUGCGGCCUCCGCCAGGGCCCCGCGCCGGGAGCCCGGCGGCGCAGUCCGACCCACUCGCGGCACACGCCAGGCCACCCGCGUGUGGCCGCCACCGCCACGCCCUAGCAGUCCCGCCAGCCAGCAGAGAAGCUCCCGUCCUUCACCUCCCUCCCAGCGGCGAGCACCACGGGCCCCAACCCCGUCUCACGCUCAGCUUCCCCCGCCUGCCCGUCCCAGGCACCCGAAGCUCGACACCUAAACCGUAUCUCACCCCGGCUACCGCAAGCCACACUAGAACAGCCGCAGCCAAGGUAGGCACAGAUUGUGAGGUCCCCCCACCCGCCCCGGGGGUGCGUCUGACCAUGCGAGGUGGCAGAGGGCAACCUCUGUGGGGCCGGGAGCAAGUGGGGAGUGGAGGUCUUAAUAAACCUCAGGACCUGAAUGAACUGGCCUUGGCUGUUGUGCACGCAGAUACGUUAGCUUGGCCCCCAAGCGCUGGUUCCCCGACUGAUGGCACCCUGCCCUCAACUCCAGAAACACGCCCUGGAGACAGGCACUAAAGGGAACCUUAUAUUUCACAGGCUUCGUUUCGCUGGCAAAAAAAUUUGUGUAAUAAUAAUAAUGUAAUAAUAAUAAUAAUAAAAAUACAAUACUGAAAA